ACAUUCGGCCCAAUGGAAACCUUCAAUGGUGAGAGAGGCGGGACCAGACCUACGGAAGCCGAAGAGAGCGGCCGGCGCCUCGGGGGGGCCGGAAAGAUGGCGGUCCUAGCGCCUUUGAUUGCUCUCGUGUAUUCGGUCCCGCGACUUUCACGAUGGCUGGCCCGACCUUACUACUUUUUGUCAGCCCUGCUGUCUGCUGCCUUCCUGCUCGUGAGGAAGCUGCCCCCUGUCUGCGAAAGUCUCCCCACGCAACGCGAAGACGGCAACCCGUGUGACUUUGACUGGAGAGAAGUGGAGAUCCUGAUGUUUCUCAGCGCCAUCGUGAUGAUGAAGAACCGCAGGUCCAUCACCGUGGAACAGCACAUAGGCAACAUCUUCAUGUUCAGCAAGGUGGCCAAUGCGAUUCUUUUCUUCCGCCUGGAUAUUCGUAUGGGCCUGCUUUACAUCACACUCUGCAUAGUGUUCUUGAUGACAUGCAAACCCCCCUUGUACAUGGGCCCUGAGUACAUCAAGUACUUCAGUGACAAAACCAUUGAUGAGGAGCUGGAGCGGGACAAGAGGGUCACUUGGAUCGUGGAGUUCUUCGCCAACUGGUCCAGUGACUGCCAGUCAUUUGCCCCUAUCUACGCUGACCUCUCGCUCAAGUACAACUGUACAGGGCUGAAUUUUGGGAAGGUAGACGUUGGACGCUACACGGACGUUAGUACACGGUACAAAGUGAGCACAUCACCCCUCACCAAGCAGCUCCCUACCCUGAUCCUGUUCCAAGGUGGGAAGGAGGUCAUGCGGCGGCCGCAGAUCGACAAGAAGGGCCGGGCUGUCUCUUGGACAUUCUCAGAGGAGAACGUGAUCCGAGAAUUCAACCUGAAUGAGCUCUAUCAGCGGGCUAAGAAGCUGUCAAAGGCUGGCGAUAGGAUCCCUGAGGAGCAGCCUGUGGCCACGGGGCCCACUGCUGUGCCAGAUGAGGAGAGCAAGAAGGACAAAUAGGAUCCCUGCUGCAGUCCCAGGCACCUCGGAGGCUCUGCCCUUUCUGUAACCACAAGCCUUGCCUGAGGCCUGGGCCUUUUAUUUAUGUUUCCCCUGUUUGGCUGUGCCUAGAUGGGGCAGGGUAUCGCUUCUGAUUUUUAAGAGGCAUCCAGGGUGAUGACAGGUACCCUCUAGGAAGGCCCCACUGUUGCGGCCGGCUGUUUUACUGGAAGGAGGGAAAGAUCUUGUCUGGUGGAGGGAGAAGGCUUACCCUCCAAGCUGGGCCAGGGCGUCAACUGCUGUGUGCUGCCCGACAUCUCCAUCAGGCUCUGGUCUCAUUAUUCCUCACGGUGGUGCCACGCAGCCUACUUAGACUAGAUUAAACCCUAACAUAACAGGCCAAGGUGCAGAGUUAGUGCUGAGAUUUUCCCUUCAUGGAAUCUUACUUCUUUAGGCCCUUCUGGCUUAGUCUGUGGCCUGUAUUAAAAAAAAACAAAAGGUAUAAGCCUGUGACCUGUCCCAAGGAAAAAACCUUUAACCACAGACUUUUCUCUUUGAAGAUUACUGAAUAAUCUACCUAUUUUAUGAAGAUCGGGAGGAAGGGGAAUGGAAGUUUGAGACUUCCUUUGUGUGGUGGGCCCUGGAGGAAAAAGCCCCUGGCCGGGGGCUCACCUAACCCAGCUGCACCCUGCCCACACCCAGUUGAUGGUUUUGCUCAGUAAAGAGACUGAUAAUUAGU